ACCCUUGUUUUUCCUGUGAGCCAACGUCAAUUUUCAUUGAAAUGUCGGAUCUCAAGUGCGCCAAAUGUGACAAAGGAUUCACGGCGGGAGCCAUUUUGACAGCGCUAGAGAAGAAAUGGCACCAGGAAUGCUUCGUCUGCUCCGGAUGUAAUGCUCAGCUUCACAACCAAUCCUUCCAUUGCAAAGAUGAGACGCCCUUUUGCGUGGCCUGCUGGAAAGAAAGGUUUCAGCCGAAAUGUGCGACCUGCGGCGUGGUGAUUGACCCUUCGGAGCAAUACAUGACUUAUAAUGAAAAAGCAUACCACAAGGGAUGUUUUACGUGUGAUUCUUGCAAACAAACUCUUGCUGGGAAACAAUUCUGUAUCAAAGAUAACAAAUACUUCUGCCCAGAGCACGUAUAA